AUGCAGUCUAUGGGCAAUGCCAAGGCCAACGCUUAUUGGGAAGCGGAGCUGCCACCACAUUUCCGCCGCCCAGCAGAGGUUGACAAGGGAGCCUUGGAGGGUUUCAUCCGUGCCAAGUACGAGCAGAGGCGCUGGGUCCGGCUGAACGACGAGGAACGUGCUCGCAUGCGGCAGAGCGCACGGGACGAGGAUCGCAGCAGGGAACGCGACCGGGACCGGGGGGAACGGCCCCGCCGGUACCACGAUUCGGAUUACGACAGGGACUGGAGCCACGGCGCCCAUGCCACUUACAACCGCGGUGGUAGCGGCAGCGGUGGCGGUGGUGGGGGUGGGGGUGGGGGUAGCAGAGUAGGCUCGUACGAUUCAUAUGACAACAAGUAUGAUCGUUACGGCGGGUCUGGUGACAGGGACAGGGGCGGAGGUGGUAGGUACGAUUCUCAUGGAGGGUAUGAUAGGGAUCCACGGGGUGGCGGCGGCGGUGGCGGGGGGUAUGAUCGUGAUCCGCGUGGUGGGUACGACAGGGACCAGGCUGCUGCUGCUGCUGCUCCAGCUGCCAGCGCCCCUGCUCAAGCCACCACAGCAGCAAAUCCCCUUGCCGACUUGUUUGCUGCAGAGCCGGCAGCUGCUCCAUCUGCUGCACCUGCUGCACCUGCUGCUGCUGCUGCUGCAACAGCACCCAAGAACGUCAAGUCUGAUAUCCUGAGCCUCUUUGAGCAGGCACCUGCCAGCAGUCCAUUCCUGGCACAGCAGCAGAUGGCAGCUGCUAUGUUCGCCCAGCAGCAGUACAUGGCUGCAGCCGCUGCAGCUGCUGCUGGUACCAAUGCUGCACCUGCUGCAGGGGGUGCAGCAGUCAACAUGCCUGCAGGGGGAAUACCUGGUCUUGCUGCUGUCCCUGGUGCUGUUCCAGGCGCUGCUGUUGGUGGAGCACCUGCAGCCGGGGCUGGUGGUGCCAUGUUUGCGAUGCCUGGUUUUGUGCCCGGAGCUGUACCAACAUUCCCUGCUGCCGGGGUAUUUCCAGGGCAGGCAAUGCCUGGAGGUUACCCGCAGUUCAUCCCAGGAAUGACUCCCCAGCUCUUCCCUGGUCAAGUGCCUGGAGCUGGUGCUGAUGCUGGUUUUGGUAUGCCCCAGGGCUUCGCUGGCUUGGCCGGGGUGAUGCCUGCUGCUGUAGCUUCUCAACCAGCGGCUCCAGCUCCUGACACUGGUGCAAGCUACGACUUCUCGUCCCUCACUGCAACAGCGCUCCGGAAGUAA